UUUCAACUUUCUUUCUUUCUUUCAACAAUGGCGUCUACUUCUGCUUCACCAUCAAUCCAGAGGAUGAGCUUCAAGUACGAUGUGUUUAUAAGUUUUAGGGGUGCAGAUACUCGUAAGAACUUUGUUGAUCAUCUUUACCAUGCUCUUAUGCAAAAAAGCAUUCUUACUUAUAAAGAUGAUGAGAGAAUUAAGAAAGGAGAAAAAAUCAGUGAUGAGCUCAUCACAGCUAUAGAAGAUUCGAGAUUCUACGUCAUAGUUUUCUCCAAGAACUAUGCAUCUUCGUCAUGGUGUCUGGAUGAGCUUGUGCAGAUCAUGGAGGAGUGCCACAAGUCAACCUUCCAUACUGCUUACCCUGUCUUCUAUGACGUGGAACCCACCGAGAUACGCUAUCAAAGUGGGUCGGUCGGAGAAGUGUUUAGCCAACUGGAAAACCAAGAGGCUGCUGCAGGGAAGAAAUGGAGGGAGGCAUUGAAAGAUGCAGCUGAUCUGGCUGGGUCGGUACUUAAGAACACGUUUGAUGGGCAUGAAGCUAAAUUCAUUCAAAAAAUUGUUGAAACGAUUUCACUAGAUCUACGUUUCAUUGAUUCGGGUAUUGAUGGAAAGUUAAUAGGCAUGGAGUCCCGGGUAAAGGAUGUUGUUUCAGCUUUGGAAAUUGGAUCUGAUGACGUUCGCAUAAUAGGGAUCAAGGGAAUGGGAGGUGCAGGGAAGACAACUUUGGCCAGAGCUAUUUUUGAUCACAUAUCCGUUCAGUUUGAAGGUCAAAGCUUUGUUGAGAAUGUGAGGGAAGAAGUUUCUAAAUCUGGCUUGAAGAAAUUGCAAAAACAUGUCCUUUCAGAUGUCGUAAGUGAUCAUGGAGUUAAAGUAAGUAGUGUUAAUGACACGAAAAACAUGAUGAAAAAGAUGAUGUGUGGUCGAAAAGUUCUUCUUGUUCUCGAUGAUGUGGAUAAUAUCGAACAGCUUGAGGCGUUAGCCGGUGAGCCUAAUUGGUUUAAGCCAGGUAGUAGAAUUAUCAUUACAACUAGAGAUGAGCAAGUGCUGGUUGCACAUCGAGUGAACUUGAUUCUUGAUGUCAAUCUGUUAUCGGUUGAUGAAGCUGUUUGUCUCUUUAGUAGGUAUGCUUUUGGAAAAGAGAUUCCGAUUGACGGGUAUGAAGAACUUUCGAGACAAGUUGUACAGUAUGCUGCCGGUCUUCCCUUAACCAUUAGAGUUUUGGGCUCCUUUCUUUGUGGUAAAAACGAGCUUGAAUGGAUAGACGCCCUAGACAGACUAAAAACGAUUCCCUUGAGGGAAACUCUUAAGAAAUUGGAAUUGAGCUAUAUUGGUCUAGAGGACGAUUACAAAGAAAUAUUCCUAGAUGUUGCAUGCAUUUUGAAAGGGUGGCAAAAGUAUGAAGCAAUUGAGGUGCUUGAAAGCUGUGGAUUUCAUGCCAGAAUUGGCUUGAGAGUUCUUGAGCAAAGAUCUCUCAUUACUAUUUCUAAAUAUGACCGCUUGGGCAUGCAUGACCAUAUAGAAGAAAUGGGUAAAAAUAUUGUUCGCCGUUUGCACCCGAAUGAGCCUAACAGACAUAGCCGAUUGUGGAUCGAAGAGGAAAUUGUAGAUGUAUUCGCUAAUGAUUUGGGUACUGAAGCAACAAGAUGUUUGAAGUUUGAUAUGAAUGUCGAUUGCUCUGUACAGACAAUUAUCAAAGGUCUUGGAAACAUGAAGAAACUUAGGAUGCUUGUCAUUUAUGGAAAUGGAGAUGUUAUCAAUGACAGAGAAGUGCUUGACCAGUGCUUACCAAAUGCUUUAAGAUAUAUUAGCUGGGACCAUUACCCUUUUGAGUCGCUAAUGAAGUCAUUUCAAAAAGACCAUCUUGUUGGACUAUCCCUGUAUGAUAGUGCAAUUAAACAAUUCUGGAAAUGCGGAAAAACAAAGGUUCUUAAAAAGCUCAGAUUCCUUGAUAUGAAUAUAUCAUAUUUGAGAACUUUGGACCUUGAGAUGUUUCCAAAUAUCGAAACCUUAAGUCUUCAAAGUUGUCAUAAAUUAUUAGAACUUCACAUGCCUGUUUGUUGUCCAAAGCUCAAAUAUGUCAAUGUUGACCGUUCAAUCUUGAAGACCCUUAACCUGGGUUCGACUCUGGAUCUCGAGACGCUAAAUCUUCAAAAUUGCUAUAAAUUAUCAGAACUUCACAUGCCUGUACGAUGUCCAAAGCUCAAAUCCCUCAAUGUUAAGCCUUCAAAGUUAAGGACCCUUAACCUAGGUUCAACUCCGAAUCUUGAGACGCUAAAUCUUGUAGGAUGUGAUUAUCUAAUAGAGCUUCACAUGCCCUUCCGAUGUCCAAAGCUCAAGUCCCUUAGCCUUAAUUGCUUUAAGUUAAGGACACUUAACAUGGGGGAGAUUUCAGAUCUCGAGACUUUAAUUCUUGAAAAUUGUUGUGAUUUGGUAGAGUUUCACAUGCCCAUUGAGUGUCCCAAGCUCAACUGCCUCUGGAUCAUGAAUUCUGCAUUGAGGAACCUUAGCCUUGGGUUUACUCCGGAACUUGAGAUGUUAAAUCUUAGAGGCUGUCGUGAUUUAGUAGAACUUAACAUGCCCUUGGAAUGUUCAAAGCUCAAAGAUCUCAACCUUCAAGAUUGUACGAUGUUGAGGACGCUUAAGCUUGUGCCCACUCCGGAUCUCAAGACAUUAACUCUUGCAAGAUGUCAUGAUUUAUUAUAACUUAACAUGCCCUUCCGACUUCCAAAGCUCAAAUCCCUCAGUGUUAAUUUUUCAAAGUUGAGGACCCUUAACCUUGGGCCUACUCCAGAGCUUGAGACAUUAAUUCUUACAGGAUGUCAUGAUUUAUUAGAACUUCACAUGCCUUUCCAAUGGCCAAAGCUCAAAUUCCUCAGCCUUAAUUGCUCAAAGUUGAGGACCCUUAACAUGGGGAGUACUCCAUAUCUCGAGACUUUAAUUCUUGAACAAUGUCAUGAUUUGAUUGGGUUUUACAUGCCCAAUGAGUGUACAAAGCUCAAAACCCUCAGCCUUAAUUGUUCAAAGUUGAGGACCCUUAACAUGGGGAGUACUCCAGAUCUCGAGACUUUAAUUCUUGAAGAAUGUCAUGAUUUGGUUGGGUUUCACAUGUCCAAUGAGUGUACAAAGCUCAAAACCCUCAGCCUUAGUGAUACGAAGUUGAGGAUACUUGACCUUGGGCUGACUCCAUAUCUCGAAAGGCUUGAUAUUGAAGAUUGUUUUGAUUUGGUAGAACUUCAUUGUCCCAUUGGAUGUUUGGAAAAGCUUGUCUACUUAAACUUAACUAAUUGUGGGGGUUUUAAAAAUUUUUCGUUUGACAAGAGUAUUCCAUUGCGUAAGGUUGGUUCUUUACAUCUCAUUGCAGAGUCCGUUGAUAUCUGCCCAUCACACUCUGAUAGUAAUUUGCAAAAGUUUCUAUUUUCAUGUUUAUACGGAGAAUCUAUACCACCUUCAAUUGGAAAUCUCAGAAAGCUUCUUUCAUUAGGUCACUGUACUUGUACAAACCUUGAGAGCUUUUCAGAAAGUAUUUGUAGUUUACAAUCUCUAAGAAAGCUUACACUUGAAGGCAGUAUUCCUGAGGUUUCCAAGGACCUUGACCGAUUAGAAAGUUUAGAGGAGCUAACUUUCUUGUCUGAAAAGAUUCAACAUCUUCCAGAUAGCAUUUGUAUGUUGAAACAUCUAAAACUUCUCCAACUUAAAUCCUGUUGGUUAAUUGAGAAGUUGCCCGAGGAUCUUGGCCGGUUAGAGUGUUUGGAGGAUCUUGACCUAACAGACUGUAUCCAUUUACGGGAUAUUCCAAAGAGCGUCUGUAAUCUGAAGAGUUUAAAAUAUUUCCAUCUCACAUAUUGUAUGCUGGUUGAGAAAUUGCCCGAAGAACUUGGACGUUUAGAAUGUUUAAAAGAGUUGAAUAUAGAAGGUUCAGGCAUAACUCAUCUUCCACGAAGUAUUUUUGAAUUGGAAGGUCUGCGUAUUAUCGGGUCUAGAUGGCGGCUUCAAUCGUAUGGUUUUACAUCCAUGUAUCCUGUGUCACAUAACUCAACUUACAUGAUGUACUGCUACAUAUAGCAGUGAAUUGAAAAACAUAGGUUCUCACAACAUGAGCUCUUUCUACCAAGAAGUAUUGUAGCAGGGGUGAAAUUGGGUCCGUUUUGUGCUCGCCUUGCCACGAGCUUCCCGAAGUUGGCGAUGAUACGAUUUUGACGGACAAAACUGCAAGGGACCAACGGAUGGUUUUAAAAACUUGUGGAAGGUGCUGUUUCAUAUCAACCCCUAAUUUGAUUCUUAUGGCUGCAGCUUUCUAAUGCCUCAACUUUAGGCAUUGUGAUGCGACUUUGAGGGUGAGUUGCUGGACAAUAUAUAUAUUUGCAGGUCCAAGGCAAGCAUCUCACUUAAAACCAUUUCAUUUUAUUGGAUAUCAGCUA